AUGAUUCCCGAUUAUCUUGACCGCCCCAUCCUCCCCCCUGUGCCGAUCAUCUUCCCCGUUACUGAAUACACGCCCCGCAGGAUCCCCAUCCCCCCGCACGACCCCCGCCCGGGUCAGCCCUCCCAGCCCGCCAUCAGCAUCUCCUCGGACCCGCCGUCGCCACCCCCGCCGCCGCCGCCCCCUCCCCCACCCCCGCCCGCGCCUCCAGCCGCAUCUUUGGUGUCCCAAGGCUACAAGGGUGCUUGGAAGCACAAAAAGCGCUCGCGUCCGGGUCCCAGCGGCACCAGCAAGACCAAACUGACGCUGGGCAUCACGCGCCCAGCGCAAGGUGUCUCUAAGAGUGGACCCCUCACGACUGCCCGGCGCACCCCGCGCACCCCGUACAUCCCGCACAUCCCGCACGGCCCGCGGAUGCCGCACACCCCGCGCACGCCGAUGCACAUCCCGAACGCGAAGGAGGCCAAGCUCGAGAUUUCUUGUUAACUCGCCGUUCUUCCGCUCGAGCGAUGCCCGCCUGAUCCUUUCGGUAACCCGCUCAAUUCCUCGUUGCUUUGCUCCCUCGCUCCUUCGAUAUCCGUUCAUCCACUUCAAUACGCAUUGCAUACGAUCUAGGACCCCAGGGCAGGGCGUCCCCCGCAAUUCAUCAUCCUAUGCAUACCGCCUUGCGCACGGCCCGAUCGCACACAGGUAUCCAGCGAGCCUAGCGGGCCACCUGUGAACGCCGGGGCGUGCAUCCUUGUUUGUUUCUAGAUUCUUGU